CUGAUCAGGCUUGUGAUAAUGCUGAAAGUGAAAUACCUGAUUGGGAUUUUGAAAUUGUAAAACAAAAAGCUGUUGAUGCUUGGGAUAAUGAAUUGGGUAAAAUUAAGGUUGAAAGUAAUGAUGAAAAUCUUAAAAAGAUAUUUUAUAGUAGUUUAUAUCGGACUAUGAUAAUUCCAAGUGACAGAACCGGUGAAAAUCCAAUGUGGAAAUCAUUCGAUAAGAAUGGUAAACUUGUACCAUAUUAUGAAGAUUUUUAUACUUUGUGGGAUACCUUCAGGACAACAAACCCAUUAUUUACACUCUUCCAAUCGUAUCGUGCUGUAGAUAUUGCUAGAUCAUUAAUUGACAUUUAUGAGAAUGUAGGUUAUAUGCCUGAUGGAAGAAGUGGUUCAUCGAAUGGAAUUACACAAGGUGGUUCUAAUGCUGAUAUGGUUAUUGCCGAAACAUACUUAAAACAAAUAGAUGUAAACGAUAAAAUAGACUGGAAUAUAGCAUACGAAGCCUUGCUUAAAGAUGCAGAAGUAGAUCCAUGGGAAGAUGGUUUGUUCCAAGGUCGAUUACACUUAACCGAUUAUAAAAAAUAUGGUUAUAUUCCUUCACCUUAUGAUCGCAACCUCGGAUAUAUUAACACUCCAUGUAGUAGAACUUUAGAAUAUAGUGCUAAUGAUUAUAGCAUUAGUCUUGUUGCUAAAGGAUUAGGUAAAAUCAAUGAUUAUAUAAAAUAUAAAAAUCGAGCGACUAGUUGGGAAAAUCUUUGGUGUCCUGAUAUAACUUAUGAUGGAGUGAAGGGAUUCAUAAUACCAAGAUUUAUAAAUGGCACAUUCGAUACAGGAUGGGCAUCUGACAAUAAUUUAGUAAUGGAUUUUUACUCGUUUUAUGAAAGCACCUCAUGGGAUUAUAGUUUGGAUGUGCCUUUUGAUGUGAAAAGGCUAAUACAGUUAUCAGGAGGCCCAGAACAUUUUGAAGAUCGACUUGACAAAACAUUUGCAGAUAAAUCAUUUUUAGGAGGCUAUUAUAAUAUAGGAAAUGAACCUAGUUUUUUUCAUACAUGUUUAUAUCAUUUUAUUGGAAAACAGUAUAAAAGCGUGGACGUGAUUAGAACUAUUAUGAAGACUAAAUUUGGAGUUGGUCAGGAUGGAAUUCCAGGGAAUGAUGAUUCUGGUGCGAUGGGAAGUUGGUAUGCUUUUAAUGCUAUUGGAAUAUUUCCAUUAGGUGGAACCGAUAUAUACCUAAUAAACUCUCCGUUUUUUGAUAAGGUUAUCAUAUACCUUUCAACAUCACCAUUAAAAACAUUUACGAUUAUAGCUCAUAAUUUGACGGACGAGAAUAUAUAUAUUCAAAAUGUUAAAAUCAAUAAUAAAGAAUGGGAAAAAACCUGGUUUAGACAUAAAGACAUUUCUGGAGGCGCAGUAAUGGAAAUACAGAUGGGAUCUGAACCAAGUAAAAUUUGGUGCGUUAUUGGAGAAGGUGAAGAUAAUAAAGAAAUCGAAGAUAGGGUUGUUCCUCCUAGCAUGAGCGAUUAUAUGAAUAAGUAA